ACACUCUGUACAGCACGUUUCAACGAUAUCAUGCAGGUUACUAUCGCUCCCGCUAGCACCAGGACUGGUGCCGCCAUCGUUCGGUCACUGCUCUCGUUUGAGAACCAGUCCAUCAACAUCAAGGCUCUCUACCGGAACGUGAAAAAGGCACCUGAGGAGUUUACGUCACACGACAAAUUCACGGCCGUCGAGGCGGAUGUUUCGGAUGCUUCAUCACUGGACUUUUCUGGAUCGGAUGCUGUUCUUGCUAUUACUCCUCCAGUAUAUGACGGCCGUGACAUCGUUGCUCACGCUACAAACGUCUCCAAGAAUGUCCGUGAUGCUGUCGAGAAGGCUGGUACCGUGAAGAGGCUCGUGUUGCUCUCGAGCGUGGGGGCUGAGUUUUCUGAGGGAACAGGCGAACUCAAGACAAAUCACACUGCCGAGCAAGUCUUUAAGGACACAAAUGUUCCCGAGAUCAUCUUUGUUCGAUGCACGUAUUUCAUGGAGAACUGGACAAUGUCUCAAGAGACUCUCAAAGCACCAAAACCCUUCUUCUACUCAACCAUCACGCCCUUGGACUUUAAAGUCGCCAUGGUCGCUGUCAAAGAUAUUGGUCAAGCUCUGGCUUCAGAACUGGUCAAGAAGUCGACCCCACCCGCCAAGCCUUACAUCUUGGAGCUUCACGGACCCCAACCGUAUACACCACUGGAUGUCAAAAAUGCAUUCUCGCAAGUUCUGGAAAAGGACGUUGAGGUUAUGGCUGUCGAGAAGAAGGAUCUGCCAGCGUUUUACGGCAAAAUCUUUCCUCCUCAGAUCAUCAACGAGUGGGUUGAGAUGGCCACGUGCUUCUUGCCUGGUGGGAUAGCAGAGAAGGAUGUGACUAAGCCGAGUGAAGUUGACAUUGUUAGAGGCAAGACGGAGCUGAUUGAGGCUAUUCAAGCGGCACUGAACCCGAUAAGCAUUCCUUAUCGGACCUCGCAUCGCGACUCGUACAACAAAUUCUUGAUCCUUCAAGAACAUGCACACUCGACGACCAUGAUAAUAACCAGGGUCGCGCGCGUCGCCCUGCGUCGCCAAGCGAUAGCGACGACGAUACUUACUCGACCGAUACCGGCCCAUGCGCGAUCGUUUUCGUUUUGGGAUUUGUUCAAAACCCGAAGAGUGGCGGGGGAGGUGAAGGAGUCGACCGAGACGAAAACGAUCGAGACGGAAGCGGCCGGAACAAAGACGUCCGAUACGCAAGCGACCGAGAUACAGCCGGUGAAGAAACCGCCGUUCGAUACGGUGCCUGUUGAGACACCGCCAAGCGAGAACCAAUUGAACAAAGACGAGCCGGCCAAAGACCAGCCAGCUGAGGAAGAACCCAAGGACGAGUUCAAGGAAAAGUUCAAGGGAAGGUCCCAGAAAACACAGCCGACCGACCAACCGAAACAGAAGGAGAAGGGACCAUACAACAGCCGUCAUGGGCCAAAAUGGAUACACAUCAUAAACAGGCGCAUACAAGCGCUGCAGGAGAGGCAACGCACCAAGAAGGACAUACCCCGUUCAUUAUGGAGGGAGAUUGGGAGGGUGAAUGCCUCUGUCAAGCAGAACUGGUCGCGGGUCUUUGCUUCGAGCGAGGGCUUUCUGACGCCUAAAGAAGGCGUGGCUGGAUUGACGAAACAAGAGGUGGCUUGGGGUGAUAUGGAUAACAUGGUGAGCCAUGUCAACAACGUCAUGUACAACAAGUAUGCCGAGGCUUCCCGUAUCAACUGGAUCCGUGGAUUAUCGGAAUACCGCAAGGAUAAUACAGCGGAAGAAGUACAGGAGUACCUCCAGUUGAUGACACCCCAGUCAACUGGCCUUGUUCUGCGAAGCAUCAAGACUUGGUUCAAGUUUCCCGUCACAUUCCCCGAUCGUGUGAGUGUCUUUCACAAGAUCACCAAGCCUCCUGAACCGAACUCGGAUCACUUUAUUCUUGAGGCCAUCAUCCUCUCUGAGUACCACUACAGAACCGCCGCCAGAUUGACCGAGGAGAUCGGCAUCUACGACCACAUAGAGGGAAAGAAGACGACCUUGAAGCCUAACCAGGUUAGGGAUCUGAACCGCAUCUUCAAGAGGCAGCCGCUGAACAGGGAAGCUGCGGACAAGGAAAUCGACGAGUGGAUGGACCGACUUACCGACCUUGAGAUGAAGGUGCAGAUGAAGGGUAGACGUCUUAAGGACCUUCCUCUCAAGGAGGCUGCGGUGGAAUCUGCCAUCGACGACGCCCUUAGGGCUACUGGCGAGCUUGAAGCCGAGUUCGACGUCAGCAAGGAAGACUCCAGAUACGCAGAAGCCCCCGAAGAUCUGGAAAUCUCCAAAAAACUAGAAGCCGAGGAGGUAGAGGCUUCCAAGAACACAGUGUCAGAGUCUACUGAGGAGUCGAAAGAGUCAAGGACUCCGAAUACCUCCAAGGCUGCAGAGUUUUUCAAGAAGAUCUUCAAGUGGUCAUAA